UACAAACGUUUACUCGACUCAGAUCAAGGACAUUCGAGGAAGUCGCCGCAAAGUACAGAGCAGUAACAAGAAAAAUGCCAAUCAAGACAGUUAAAGCUCGUCAAAUCUUCGACAGCAGGGGAAACCCAACAGUGGAGGUUGACGUUACGACAGAAAAUGGUCUGUUUAGAGCUGCUGUUCCAAGUGGAGCUUCAACUGGAAUUUAUGAAGCUUUGGAGAUGAGAGAUGGAGAUAAAAGCAAAUAUCAUGGAAAAGGUGUCGGCAAAGCUGUUGACAAUGUGAACAAAAUUAUUGCAGCAGAAUUACCAAAAGCAGGACUGUCUGAAGAUGAUCAGACUGCAGUUGAUACUUUUUUGCUGAAAUUAGAUGGGACUGACAACAAAGCUAAACUUGGAGCAAAUGCAAUCCUUGGAGUGUCUCUGGCAGUCUGCAAGGCUGGGGCAGCCAAGAAAGGAGUUCCUUUAUACAGACACAUUGCUGAUUUGGCUGGUAAUAAAGAAGUGAUUCUGCCUGUGCCGUCAUUUAAUGUGAUAAACGGCGGAAGUCACGCUGGGAACAAACUUGCCAUGCAAGAAUUCAUGAUCCUCCCUACAGGGGCCUCAUCUUUCAGUGAAGCAAUGAGAAUGGGAACAGAGGUGUACCAUCACCUGAAGGCUGUCAUUAAGAAAAAGUAUGGCCAAGAUGCAUGCAAUGUGGGAGAUGAAGGAGGUUUUGCCCCCAACAUUCAGGACAACAAUGAGGGGCUUGCACUACUUGCAGAGGCUAUUAAGAUGGCUGGCUAUACAGACAAGAUCAAAAUCGGCAUGGAUGUAGCAGCCUCUGAAUUCUGGAAAGAUGAUAAGAAAUAUUAUGAUUUAGACUUCAAGAACUCAGAGUCCCAGGAAAAGGACCAUCUGCCUUCAGAAAAACUAGGAGACUUGUAUAAAGAGUUCAUCAAGAAGUACCCAGUAGUAUCAAUUGAAGAUCCAUUUGACCAAGAUGACUGGGGAGCAUACACUAAACUCACUGGAGAAGUAGAUAUUCAGAUUGUAGGAGAUGAUUUGCUAGUAACAAACCCAAAGCGUGUACAAACUGGUAUAGACAAGAAGGCAUGUAAUUGCCUGUUACUGAAGGUCAACCAGAUUGGUAGUGUAACAGAAUCUAUCCAAGCGUGGAAAAUGUCCAAGGAAGCUGGAUGGGGUGUUAUGGUAUCACAUAGAAGUGGAGAGACCGAGGACACAUUCAUUGCAGAUUUGGUAGUUGGACUGUGCACAGGACAGAUAAAGACUGGAGCGCCAUGCAGAUCUGAGCGUCUUGCUAAGUACAACCAGAUUCUACGUAUCGAGGAGGAACUCGGGGCCGGUGCCAAAUAUGCGGGCGAAAAAUUCCGAUUCCCUUAUUAAGAGUAAAACAAAAAUAUGAAUGUUAGGACAUAAUUAAAAUUUGAACUUUGAGAUGAAUUUGACACAAAAGAGACACAGACUUGCUAUAUUAAUAAAUGGCAACAGUGUUUAAGAUAGCUAUAAGUGCUUGUUUGUUCUUUGUGCUUUUUGGUGCAGUACAUCAACUGUUUUUUUUUUCCUCUGUUUAAAAUAAAAGUCUUAUGGUAUUUAUUUGCUGUUAUUGUAUACACUAUUAUUUUAAUUUCUUUUGUAUAGGUGCAGUAUUAUUUAUAAGAUAAAUAUUUCAUGGUAAAUUUUCUUUCCAAAAGACAGUUUCACCAGUGUAUAUAAUAUGUGUAAUGCUUUUUUCUGUAAGAAAAAUGGAUUAGAUGGGCGAUCAAGCUUCUAAUUAAAUGCCAACAAAAUAAAGAAUCUCAGAAUCAGAAAAUGAAGAAUGUUUAUUCAGCAUAAUAAUAUGCAAUUGUUAUAAUAAGAACAAAUUUAGAAGUUGCUUAGUCAAAACGUCCUGUGCAAGUGAAGUUAGUUUAUCCAUUACCCCUCCUGCUAAAGGGUGGGGUACUUUUUUCAACCCUUUGUUUAAUGAGACUCUCCAAGCAUUGAUAACUCAGUGCUGGAAGUUUUCAUUCACUUCUAUGUAUGUAGGGUAUUGUUACAGUAAAGAAUAAAACUUA